AUGGCCACCAAAGCCACCAAAGCCACCAAGCCUGCCAACGGCUCCAACGGUGUCGAUGGCGCUCACUCCUAUCACGCUGCCACCACUCAGGAUGCCAUCGGUGCUGAGAAGGAGUAUGCCGCUCACAACUAUCAUCCCCUCCCCGUCGUCUUCGCCCGUGCUCAGGGCACCACGGUCUGGGACCCCGAGGGUCGGGAGUACCUGGAUUUCCUGUCCGCAUACUCUGCCGUCAACCAGGGUCACUGCCACCCCAAGCUGGUAGCUGCUCUGGUGGAACAGGCCUCUCGGCUGACCCUCAGCUCUCGUGCCUUUUAUAAUGACGUCUUCCCUCGCUUCGCGGAAUUUGUUACCAAGUACUUCGGGUUCGAUAUGGUCCUGCCCAUGAACACAGGUGCGGAAGCCGUUGAGACUGGUAUCAAGAUCGCUCGGAAGUGGGGUUAUAAGGUGAAGGGGAUUCCGGAGAACCAGGCGCUCGUCCUGAGUGCGGAGAACAACUUCCACGGACGCACGUUCGCCGCUAUCUCGUUGUCAUCUGACCCCGAGUCGCGCGAAAACUAUGGCCCCUAUCUCCCCGGUAUCGGAUGCACCAUUCCCGGAACGGACAAGCCUAUUGCCUACAACGACAAGGCGGCUCUGCGGGAGGCCUUCGAGAAGGCGGGCCCCAACUUGGCCGCUUUCCUGGUGGAGCCCAUUCAGGGCGAGGCGGGUAUCGUGGUUCCCGACGAAGAUUACCUGCAGGAGGCCAGAGCCCUCUGCGACAAGCACAAUGUCCUCUUGAUUUGCGAUGAAAUCCAGACUGGCAUUGCCCGUACUGGUAAGCUGCUCUGCCACGAGUGGAGUGGAAUCAAGCCCGACAUGAUCCUGUUGGGCAAGGCCAUCUCGGGUGGCAUGUACCCCGUGUCUGCCGUGCUGGGCCGCAAGGAUGUCAUGCUCACCAUCGAACCCGGCACGCACGGAUCCACAUACGGCGGUAACCCUCUGGCCUGUGCGGUUGCCAUCCGCGCUCUGGAGGUCGUCCAGGAAGAACAGAUGGUCGAGCGCGCUGAGAAGCUUGGUCACAUCUUCCGCGACGGCCUGCUGGCCAUCCAAAACCCUAUCAUCCAGACUGUACGGGGCAAGGGUCUGCUGAAUGCCAUCGUUAUUGACGAGUCGAGAACAAAUGGUCGCACCGCGUGGGAUCUCUGUAUGUUGAUGAAGUCCAAGGGUCUCCUGGCCAAACCCACCCACCAGAACAUCAUCCGUCUUGCGCCUCCCUUGGUCAUCACUGAAGAUGAGAUUCAAAAGGCCCUGGACAUCAUCAAGGAGUCAGUGGCAGAACUGCCUACUCUCACCGGCGAGGUCGAGGAUGAGAUUAUCCCCCCGCCUGAGAAGAAGGUCAAGGUGACCCUUGAGAACUAG